AACAAACGGGAUUCUGUUUCGAGCUGUGAUUUCAUUGCUUCAGAAAAUUUCUGGGUUCUCUCUCUCGAUCUCUCGACCGAUCGAUCAAACACUGAAUUUUGUUUUCGUCAAUUUCUGUGGAAAAGGAUCUUCUUCCUGUGUCCACCGAUGGCGAAGAACGUGGGAAUUGUGGCUAUGGACAUCUACUUUCCUCCGACCUGCGUUCAACAGGAAGCACUGGAAGCUCAUGAUGGAGCAAGCAAAGGUAAAUACACCAUCGGGCUUGGACAAGAUUGCAUGGGUUUUUGCACUGAGCUCGAAGAUGUUAUCUCCAUGAGUUUCAAUGUAGUGACUUCCCUUCUUGAGAAUUAUAAGAUUGACCCGAAGCAAAUAGGACGCCUCGAAGUGGGAAGUGAGACUGUAAUAGACAAGAGCAAGUCCAUAAAAACCUUCUUGAUGCAAAUCUUUGAGAAAUGUGGAAACACUGAUGUCGAAGGGGUUGACUCGACCAAUGCUUGCUAUGGUGGAACUGCUGCUUUGUUCAACUGUGUCAACUGGAUGGAGAGUAACUCAUGGGAUGGACGUUAUGGCCUUGUCGUUUGUACUGACAGUGCGGUUUAUGCUGAAGGACCGGCCAGGCCUACUGGAGGAGCAGCCGCAAUUGCUAUGUUGAUUGGGCCGGAUGCUCCAAUUGUUUUUGAAAGCAAACUGAGGGGAAGCCAUAUGGCUCAUGCCUAUGACUUUUACAAGCCCAACCUUGCUAGUGAAUAUCCGGUCGUUGAUGGGAAGCUUUCCCAGACUUGCUACCUUAUGGCCCUGGACUCUUGCUACAAACAUUACUGUAGCAAGUACGAGAAACUUGAAGGCAAACAAUUCUCAAUCUUAGAUGCUGAGUAUUUUGUUUUCCACUCUCCUUACAACAAGCUUGUACAGAAAAGCUUUGCCCGUCUCUUAUACAAUGACUUCUUGAGGAGUGCAAGCUCUGUCGAGGGGGCUGUAAGUGAAAAGUUUGUACCGUUUUCAUCUUUGUCCCUUGACGAGAGUUACCAAAACCGUGAUCUUGAAAAGGUGUCACAACAACUUGCAAAGCCGUUGUACGAUGCUAAGGUACAGCCAACAACUUUGAUCCCGAAGCAAGUCGGGAAUAUGUACACUGCAUCACUCUACGCUGCCUUUGCUUCCCUCAUCCACAAUAAACACACCGAACUGGCCGGGAAACGGGUGAUGAUGUUUUCGUACGGAAGUGGUCUCACCUCGACGAUGUUUUCCUUGCAUCUCGUCGAUACCAACCCUCCUUUCAGCCUUUCAAACAUAGCAUCCGUGAUGGAUGUAGCUGGGAAACUGAAGGCGAGACACGAGUUCACGCCAGAGAGAUUCAUCGAGACAAUGAAGCUGAUGGAGCACAGAUACGGUGCAAAAGACUUUGUCACGACCAAGGACGGUGUUAUUGAUCUCUUGGCUCCCGGAACGUAUUACCUGAAGGAAGUGGAUUCAUUGUACCGAAGAUUUUACGGCAAGAAAGACGGUAGCUGCCUCGCGAAUGGGCUUUGAGAAUUUCUGUAUACACCCAAAUGGAGAGAAAUAAAGAAACAGUUGAAAAGGUUGUCUUUCUUUUAUCCUCCCCAUUGUGCGACUCAACUCUUCUGUUUCACCAUUGAUAGAAUCUCCAGGCAAUGCAAUGCUAUUGUUUCCAUAUAUCUGUGUAUGAGUUAGCCCUAGAAGUGUCGAUUUCAGUUUUGGGUUC